UCCUUCUCAUCGUGUCAUGUGAAUGACAUUAACCUCCAACACCGCUCUAAUUCACACAAUUCCUGAGCUCCGUGAACAUCACCAUCAUCAAGCCAGACACCCUCCGAGUUCCUGUCUACUUCAAACCCAACGUUCCUCCCGUCUCCAAGAACUCAAAACCCUUCCAAUGCCUCUUGGUCAAUGAAGGACCUCUCCUUCUUCCUCCUCAAGAACUACUUCGGUGCCAAGAUGAAGAAAGGCGUGGGGACCUUCUGCCACGGCGACACCUCCACCUCGAUCCUCAGCCAAGGCAGGACCGACCACACUGCUGCCGCCAUCAAGGAGGAGCCCUUGAUCAUCGGUUCCCCGAGCCUGAUCGGUGGACGGUCGUCUCCGAACGGGCACACGCUGGAGGAGAUGAUACUGCAGCUGGAGGUGGAGGAAGAGAUCGCCCGGAGGGCAAAGCUGGACGCUUACUACGAGGGCGGUUUUGGUGCGCCGCAGAGGAGGAUGUCCUGCGUGAACAACUCCGACAUCUUGCGGUGUGCCAGGAAUGCGCUGAACCAAUACCCGCGAUUCUCCCUCGAUGGGAAGGACGCCAUGUACCGGUCCUCGUUCCGGAACUCGGAGUGCCCCGAGAGGAAAUCGACGGCCAGGAGAUCGGUGUGCUGCGACCGGGACCUCAGAGGCGGGCCGCGUGACUGGUCCCGGAACGAAGCCAAGUACGAUAGACCGAGCCUCUUGCCGCCAAUCCUGGCAGGAGAGAGGGUGAUCUGGUGCAAGCCAGGGGUGGUGGCCAAGCUGAUGGGCCUAGAGGCCAUGCCAGUGCCAGUGAGAAGGAAAGCGAGUAAAGAGAAGUUGAGCUUCAUGAGGAGGGAGCAAGUGAGAAGGAGAGUAGAUACGGACCUGAAGCAUGAUUGUGAUGAAAUUUGCAGGAGGAUGAGAGGUGGCUCAUGCUCUAAGGCGUCCGGGUAUUGCGUGAUGAAGCCGAACGCUGUGGAGCCACUGGAUGUUCGCGGCGGCGCUUCCGCCGCGGAUUGGCCGAUGAGACGUUAUAGUUAAGAAAGUCUGCAUGUCAGAUAGACUCGUAGCGAAUCGCGAUGCGAAAAGUAUGCAAGGGAUUGUUUUUGCGAGGUCCGAUAUGAAUGUUAUAGUUUUUCUGAAAUAGGAUUGAUUUGAUCUAUUAGAAUGAAUUGGUGCGAUACCUGAUGGAACUGUUCAAUCGUGUGUUAACUUUAGCUGCAAGUUUUGCACGAGGAGUUUCCAUGUAAUUUAGUUCUGUGUAAUGUGACAAAGGAUUUGUAAGCAAGCAAAGAAAUUAGACAGUUUGCCCGCCCUUUCUAUUAGCAA